AUGACUUGCUCACACUGUGGAGAGAACAGAAUCGAAUAUGAUACCGCUGCUGGGCAUGCAUUUUGUCCAAAAUGUGGUUUUGUUGUCGAGGAGAGUAAGAUCGUAUCUGAAGUUACUUUUGGAGAGAGCGCGUCAGGCGCCGCAAUUUUACAAGGAUCAUACGUUGGAGCUGACCAAA